CUUCAACACAGCUGAUCGUCGUAAUCAAACACCACACUUACAACAAAUUAAGGCUAUUAUUUACACACGAACACUGAACACGCCGGACACUGACCAUGGCGUCGGGCAGAAGAACAUCGGACAACCUUCGAAACAGUAGACCUGAUGGAAGACGGCAGCCGGGAGCUCAGGGGGUCCCGCCGCUGAGACGAUCCGCACACGAGAGGCCCAAGGAUUUAGCGAGCCUAACAGAUCGAGAUCUUCGGCUGGGGCGCGCCACGUGGUUCAAGAACGUCGACGCCACGCCAGACUUCGGCAUGGUGAUCUUCAAGGAGCUCUUCAGACAGUAUCCGGAGGUAGAAAGCUACUUCCUACAUCUCCGCGGGAACUCCGGUUCCAUCUUCGACAGCCGUACAUUUCGUAGUCACAUGACGGAACGGGUGGUCCCCAAGCUGAAGGAGGUCUUUGAAGCCCUGGAUAAACCCGAACAUCUGAACGAAGUGAUGACCAAGCUGGGACUGUACCACGCCAAAUUGGGCGUAUCAGGACACCUAGUCGAAAACAUGCUCUCGGUGAUCUUGGACGCACUUAAGAGUGUCAUGCCCACGAAAAUGCAACCGGACGAGGAGACGGCUGUGAGAACUUGUUUGAAAUCGGCUUUUGCAAUAGCGAUUGACACGAUUAACAUCUAUGAAAAAGAGAACAAACAGGCAGCGACAGACUCGUAAUCCCCUGCUGGCAGAUUUGAGAGGACACAAAUAACAACUUUAUACAGAUAUCUACUCCUGUCGUCAACACAACACUACGAAACACUUUUAACUUUUUCAAUUAACUCUAUUACAUGAAGAUAUUAUAAUAUACAUUGUUAAAUGUACAUUUCGUUAUAUAAUGGUACGUACAAAUUUAUUUGUUAUUUUACUUAU